AUCCGCGCACGUGCGCAAUGUCAAUUAUAACAAGUCACACGCAGUCUUUGCGCUCGCUGAAAGGCUUCAACCAUGGUUGCAGACGAAGCUUCUCUCUGUAACAAUGUCGCCUCAUAGUGGAGUUUUCAGUGUGCAAAGUACUGCAUUGGUAGGAAAGAUUUAGCUUUCUGAUGUGACCAGCUGAAGGGAAAGGAAGGGUGUUUUGUGGCCUUUCUAGGAUCGGUCCAGAGAUUCAAUUAUGGCUCCAGUGAAAUUUCAUAUGGCUUUGGAAGCAAUGGGAAACAUUGGAAUUCCUCCCAAAGCUGUAACACCUGUCCUUAAAAACCUCUUGAAGCUUUAUGAUGAUAAUUGGGAGCUUAUCGAAGAAGAAAAUUAUAGAGUUCUUGCAGAUGCUAUCUUUGAAGCCCAGGAGACCAAGAAGCAAGAAAGAAAGAGGAAAGCUGAGAAAAUUGAUAGAGAAGAUGAUAGGAACAAGGAAAUUGAGAGAGAUGAGACAAUGCCUACACCACGUACACGUUCUCGCUUGAGGAUAGAAGAGCCAUCUUCACCAUUCCUGAGAACAGAAGAGCCUGUUGCUUCACCCUUGAGAUUAGAAAAGCCUCCGGCAGCAUGCACAACUCAUUCUGGUUUUGGAGUAGGUGAAAGCUCUUCAAAAGAACCUAAACGUGUACCAUCUGCUUGCCCUGCAAGUGGUGAAAGGACAUGGAAACUAAUAAAAUCUGAGGAGCCUGAUUUGCCGUGUACUAAUUUGGGGCAAGAAAAGGCAGCAAAUGAGGCAGUUCCUAGCACCAAAAGGUGCUUAAAAAUGCCUAAGAUUGAACCAGGCAUUGAACCCUUACCUGAUGCGUCUAACGCAAGGGAACCUUACGAUGAUGGUCCAACCCCAUUGGAUAAGAGGUCUCCUGCAAAACUAAAGUCUCCUUGUGAUAGGUAUAUGCAUAGUGAGAAACAAAAGGAUCGUGUCGAUCAUGACAAUAUGCCUAAUCAUCACAGUAAGAGUCCAUGCCAGCUGAACACUGAGGAAUUGCCUAGCUGUUUCCAGCAAGUGGAGUUUGAGGUUCCUAUUGCAGUGAUCCCACCACUGUUCUCUAAUGUAUCUGAUGUGCCUAAAGAAGGUCCCUCCUCCAGAUAUGAGUCUUUUGAGAAUACAAGUGUCCCAAAUUCCCCUUCUGCAAAUUAUAAAGAUCAAGUGGGAGAAGAGGAUAUGCCCCCCUCUUCCAGUGGACCAUGCCGAAAUUCUAAUCGUUUGGAACUUGUUAGUGUUCCUGAGGCAACUGCGAACUAUGAGAUUGCCUCAUCAAGCUCAGGAGAGGUUAAACUUUCUCUAUCAUGUAAUUCUGCUCACGGGUCUCCUGACUUUCAUGUGCCAAGUUUGGAGGCAGUCCUAAAAUUGGCAGAGGAUCGUGCUCUCAAGACGUACAGAAUUCUUGAUCCCAGCUUUUCCAUUAUGAAGUUAAUGAAGGACAUGUGCCAAUGCUUUCUAGAACUGAGCACUGGCAGUACUUCUGGUGAUGAGGAAACCCAUGUGAACCCAACUCCAAACAUUAACUUGUUCUCUUCCAAUAAUCAAGACCAUGGGCUUGAUGCUAAAGGGGUUUUUGCUUCAGGUAACGGUGUGCCAGUUACUUCGAAGGAUUUAGCAUUGAAUCAUGCUCAAAGUUUUCGUUUAUCUGUUGAUGAGAAAUUCCUCCAAUUUCCAAGGCAAAUAAACUUACAUGGCAUGGAUGGACUCUGCCGAAAUGAAAGAGCUAAAACCAAUGACAAGGGUAAGAAGAAGAAAGAAUUGGGCCCAGAUCCCAACUCACGAAUGUUGGUUGUUUCUUCACAAGCCCAACUUUCUAUGGAUGAAGCCAGGAUAGUGCACUGUGUGAAUGACAUAUCCAAAGGUGAAGAGAGUGUGAGGAUCUCAGUGGUAAAUGAAGUUAGCAGUGAACGCUACCCGCCCUCAUUUCAGUAUAUCCCAAAAAAUAUUGUUUAUCAAAAUGCAUAUGUAAAUUUCUCUCUUGCUCGCAUUGGUGAUGAAGACUGUUGUCCGGAGUGUUUUGGUGAUUGUUUAUCUUCAUCACUUUCAUGUGCCUGUGCUCGUGAGACAGGAGGUGAGUAUGCCUAUACUUUGGAUGGCCUUCUCAAGAAAGAAUUUCUGGACCAAGCACUUUCUAUGAACCGAGACCCAGAAAAGCAUCAUCACUUUUACUGCAAAGAUUGCCCCCUUGAAAGGUCAAGGAAUGAAAACAAACCAGAUGCCUGCAAAGGGCACCUGGUAAGAAAAUUCAUUAAGGAAUGCUGGAGCAAGUGUGGCUGCAGCAGACAAUGUGGAAAUCGAGUUGUGCAGAGAGGAAUACAAUGCAAUUUGCAGGUAUUUUUUACCUCUGAAGGAAAGGGAUGGGGUCUUCGGACUCUCGAGGAAUUACCUAGAGGUACUUUUGUAUGUGAGUAUGUUGGUGAAGUGUUGACUAACACCGAGCUCUAUAAUCGAAAUGCUCAAGGCAAUGGAGAUGAAAGGCAUACAUACCCAGUGCUACUGGAUGCUGAUUGGUGUACAGAGGGAGUAUUGAAAGAUGAAGAGGCACUUUGUCUGGAUGCAACACAUUUUGGAAAUGUUGGCAGAUUCGUCAAUCAUAGGGGUUCAGACAUUCAAUUCAGUGCCACAAAUUCUUGGACAGGUAGCAACAUGCUUAGGUGUGUAAAGUUGGUUCCCAGAAACUACACAUAUUCGGGGUGUCCAGUCACAUGGCAGUACUCUUGUCUGUUUUGAGCCCCUUGCACAAUUUCAUGGGUCAUGUCAUGUGAGCUCAGUUAAGAAUGAACCAGAUCUGCGAUCAACAUUUGUCAGAUCAUGUAUGGUUGGCGUGGUUGAAAAGGAACAUGGACAGUCUGCUGGCCUAUUGUUUCGCGGCUACCUGCGUUGAAGUGAUACUGCAGAGCUAAAUAAGAUAAUCCACAUAUUUAAGGUGAAACUCAUUAUUCCAUCUAUAUGAUCCAAAUGAUCAGAGGGGUGGCACACUGGCUUGUGUUUUGUCCGGACCUUGGGUUACAUUAAGGGUUGUUGUAGGGCGGAAAGGGAUGGCUUGUUUUGUGGAUGGUGUAUUAUGCUAUGAUGUAUGUCUCAGCAUUCAAGUUUAACAGGGAUGAGGAUUCAGGCUUGGGCUUGAUUGGUUAAGGACCUUAAGAUGUUUUACAACACUAUAUCCCCAGUUGGAAUCUUAUAGCUGAACUACCAUUAAAAGAAAGAAGUUCGACAGGAUCCUAAUAAAAUCUUUGAUAGAUCAACCGUAAGUUGUGUGGUUUCAAAUGAAUUUUUGAACUGGUGAACGUAGUUUUUGGGUUCCUGGAACUUGGAAUUUGUUCAACCCUUGAGGAAUGUUGCACCGAGCUAUGUUUUGGACAUCAUUCUUUUGCUUUAUGAUGCAAUGAAGUUUUUCGAUCCUGGGCCAGCACAACUCACUUAUAUCCAUUAUUUUGAAUUCUUCCUUGUGGUUUUCUUUGUUCCCAUCAUCUCAUGCAAGAUAUGUCCGCAUUUAAAUUUCAAUCACUGGAUUUAAGUUUGCAUGAACCAAGCAUUCGAGAAGUGUAUUACAAAAUUGGUCCAGAAAAAUCGUAGCACAUAAAUUUAAAAAACUGAUGUAUUCAGUUGAUGAUGCUUCAUGCCAUUGGUAGAACUUGUAUUAAUGGUUUUGCAAAUUGCAUGAACCCAGCACUAAAUUCAUUAGCAAACUUGUUCAAUUCUAAAUGGUUGGCACCAUUGGCAUAGAGACCGAACUAGUUGUCUUAUCAGUUAGGAGUUGACCGUAUCCCAAUGGGUCUCGAUGGUGGGUCAGUUGGAUCAGUCUCAAAAGAUAGCAUAAAUAAUGGACAAAAUUAAGGAAAUACAAAUACAAAAUUUUUUGCCUCAUUGUUCUGGCACAUUUCUCUGGGUUUUACUUAAUUUUUCAGUUUUUAAGAUAGAAUGGGCAGUUCCUGGCCUAGUUCCUUGUCGAAUUUGUUGGCCUGAUACUGUUCUUCUAAUGUUGGGACUUAGAACAAUCAACCUGAAAUAUGUUACUACAUCAUACACUGGUUUUUGGUCAUCAUUCUGUUCGAAUGCCAUCUGAGUUUGGAUGAAAUUUGGAAAUGCUUGUCUGUAAAUGACUGAAUUUUUCUAAAACUUGGGUGAACUUUGAGAAUCAAACAUGCAUAUCAAAAGAAGAACUUUGAUAUUCAUGCAAACAACAUACUGUUUUCUUUUAAUAAAAAUUGCUCUAUAAUGUUUUUUUUAUUAAUGUAAUGA